AUGAGGAUUUUUAGACCUUGGAGACUGCGCUGCCCGGCCCUGCACCUGCCCUCACUCUCCUCAUUCUCCAUCAAGUGCAGCUUGCCCUCCCUUGCCACAGACGAGACCAUGUGUAAAAGCGUGACCACGGGUGAGUGGAAGAAAGUCUUCUAUGAGAAGAUGGAGGAGGCCAAGCCAGCAGACAGCUGGGACCUCAUCAUAGACCCCAACCUCAAGCACAACGUGCUGGCCCCAGGCUGGAAGCAGUACCUGGAGUUGCAUGCCUCAGGCAGGUUCCACUGCUCCUGGUGCUGGCACACCUGGCAGUCGCCCCACGUGGUCAUCCUCUUCCACUUCUACCUGGACCGCGCCCAGCGAGCGGGCUCGGUGCGCAUGCGCGUCUUCAAGCAGCUGUGCUACGAGUGCGGCACGGCGCGGCUGGACGAGUCCAGCAUGCUGGAGGAGAACAUCGAGAGCCUGGUGGACAACCUCAUCACCAGCCUGCGCGAGCAGUGCUACGGGGAGCGCGGUGGCCACUACCGCAUCCACGUGGCCAGCCGCCAAGACACGCGGCGGCACCGCGGCGAGUUCUGCGAGGCCUGCCAGGAGGGCAUCGUGCACUGGAAGCCCAGCCAGAAGCUGCUGGAGGAGGAGGCGACCACCUACACCUUCACCCGGGCCCCCAGCCCCACCAAGCCGCAGGCCGAGGCGGGUUCGGGCUGCAACUUCUGCACCAUCCCCUGGUGCUUGUUUUGGGCCACGGUCCUGCUGCUGAUCAUAUACCUGCAGUUCUCGUUCCGCAGUUCCAUCUAA